GGGGCUCCCGUUUUGUUAUACGGGAAAUUACUGGAAUUGACGGGUAAUGUCUAAAGCCAAGAGAGGAGGAAAAGUUUCAGCUCACAGUUCUCACCAAUCCUUCUCAAGAGGAGGAGGAGGAGGAGCGAGUGUUGAGAUAAGCCCAACUAUAACUAACAUGCUGGAAGAACUUAAGCAGCUUGUGAAGAAGACUCAAGAAGAACGAACAAAAGGUGAAAGUACAAUUCUUACUAUCAAUAAGACUCACGACAAAAUGAAGCAAGAGGUCCGAAUUUCGCCAUAUUUUAAGCAAAAGUUAGUGGGUUUGUACACGAAUGCAUUAGCAGAUGCAAAGAAUGAAGUUGGAAUGCUUGACCAAGCACUUAACAAAUUAGCUGAAAUUAAACAAGAGGUUGGUGAGAAGAAAGCUCGUUCAACUGCCAUCCCUCGUAACAUUGAAGACGUGACAAAGAGGACAGGAACUAUGAGACGUGGAAUGUUGAUGACUGUACUACAGCAGUAUGCACUGGAGCAGCCAGUAUGGAGAGGAAAACCAGGAGAGAACCCCCCACCAUUAUGUGGCUGCACACCUGCUGAAGAUAAGUAUAAGUGUCAGCCUGAGGAUCAAGUUGCUGCUCGAGUUAACACUGAUACCAAUGAAGAUGAGCAAUGGAUACUGGCAGUUGUGGUGUCCUACAAUUCGCAUUACCACAGAUAUAUUGUGGAUGAUAUUGAUGAAGAAGGACACAUUGAGAAAAAACAGUAUCAAGUUAGUAAAAGAAGAGUUAUUCCUCUUCCAACAUGGAAGGCUGAUCCUUCAACAACUCCACAGGCACUAUUCAAACCUGGACAGAAAGUCCUAGCUCUUUAUCCUCAGACAACUUGCUUUUAUCCAGCAGUCAUUCACGAGCAACCAAAAACAGUAGAGGCAGAGUAUUCAGUAUUAUUUGAGGACAACACUUACUUUGAAGGUUAUUCUCCUCCACUUGAUGUACCCCAGAGGUAUGUCCUCCCAAUGAGAGAAACUAGAAGAAGACAAGCUCAAUGAAACAGGAGCAGGCAUUCACUUCACUUCAUUUCAUUUCAUUUUAUUUGUUUUUAUAAAUAAUAUACUUGGAGAUUAAAGCAAGAGUAGAUCUUGAUAAAAGUUAUUAUCAUUUGGGAACUGUUUUAGUAAUGUAUAAUUCCUAAUCCUGUCUC